ACGCGCACGGGCCAAUCGAGACGCGGUGACGUCACGGGGAGAGAGCUGGAGCCUCACCCAGGUUGGGCUGGUGGCGCUGUGUGUCCCGAACGGAGGAGGACAAGCGGGAGGCGGCGGGGCCCAUUGAGGAGAGGGUGUGGAGUUGGUUGACACAAAGCCUGCACAAUGCGUGAAUACAAGCUGGUUGUCCUUGGGUCCGGUGGUGUUGGAAAGUCUGCAUUGACUGUCCAGUUUGUCCAAGGAAUUUUUGUUGAGAAGUAUGAUCCCACAAUAGAAGACUCCUACAGAAAGCAAGUUGAAGUUGAUGGUCAGCAAUGUAUGCUCGAAAUUUUAGACACUGCAGGAACGGAGCAAUUCACAGCGAUGCGGGAUCUUUAUAUGAAAAAUGGGCAGGGCUUUGCUUUAGUGUACUCCAUAACUGCACAGUCUACAUUUAAUGAUUUACAGGACCUCAGAGAACAGAUCCUACGAGUCAAAGACACUGAUGAUGUACCAAUGAUUCUUGUUGGAAACAAGUGUGACUUGGAAGAUGAAAGGGUUGUGGGCAAAGAACAGGGGCAGAAUCUAGCUAGACAGUGGAACAACUGUGCAUUCCUGGAGUCCUCUGCCAAGUCCAAGAUUAAUGUCAAUGAGAUUUUUUAUGACCUUGUGCGACAAAUUAACAGAAAAACUCCUGUACCGGGCAAGGCACGCAAAAAGUCAACAUGCCGGCUGCUUUAAUACACAGAUGUGCUAUAGCUCUGAGCCAGGUCUGAAGAACUGUUGUCUAACGGCAGUGCCAGCAUUCCAAGUCAAAUUACCCUGUCAACAACUCCAAUGGACUUUCCUGUGGUGGUACCCUUUAUAAUAUGGAUGGAAGUUGCAAGCUCAGAUUGUGCACCAUCAGACCCUCCCCUCCUAAAGUCACGAGAAAGAUGCCUGCUUCGAAAUGUACUUCACGUAUGCAACUGGGAACAACCGAACCCACAUCCAGUAUUACUGCUAACAGAGACAUUGUUCACCCAACAAUGUUUUCACACGUCAGAGUACGUGUACUGUAUUCUUUCACAAGCCCUUCCUUUCCGUCGGAGUAUACAAUGAAAAGCACCACUAUUUUAGCUUACUAAACAAGAAAGUCCAAAGAGCUCUUCUAUAGACUACUUCUGAUGAUCUUGCAUCUUUGGUAUUUGUAGCUUCUUGUAACUAUUAUUUUUUCCCCUCCCUUCAAUGAAAUACAAGAGCAACAUUAGUUGUGUUGUACAAAGUGCUUCUCACAACUAUCUUUUUGUUUUCCUUUCUUUCCUUUCCUACAUUUUUAGGGAAUCCUGUGGAAUCUUGUAUUGCACCCCCUUCUGGAAGCAGAGGAGCGGUUAUAAUACAUUUAUUUCUUGUAGUCUUUGUUGAACACUCUGCGUUUAAUAUUUCUCUGGAGAGAUAGACAUUUUCCUCCUUUUAUUAACCAUUUCCCCACUCUUUGUUUACAUAAGGAAUACUGUUUAUAGAUGUGUAUACAGUGGGGGUCUACAACAAGAAGUGUAUAUUUUAAGAGUUCUUUUUUUUAAUGAUUUAUCAAUAUUUUGUAAAUCAUUUUCAAGCUUCUGCAGCUGUAGAUUCUCACUGUGAGCCUUUGUCCCCCCUCUCUUGCUUGCUCAUGCAUAUGUGUAUUUGCAAUACCAAAUAUACUGAUUUAGUAAUUUUUCCCGUCAGUGGUUGUUUCACACGUGUAUUGUUUUGGUUGCGUUGUUAAAUGGUGGAAGAGUCCAGUGGAUGUGAAUGUGGGACGUAAUUUUUAACUCCUGUGUUAUUGGUCACCAGGCCUGCAUUGCAGUAAUUAACUUUUUUUUUUCUGCUGAUUUAUUUAUCAAUGCCUUGUCGCUUUGUAUGCGUUUACAUUUGGGUGUAAAGAUUGUGUAUAUAUCCAACAGGGAACCACAGAAAUUCAGUUGACCAAUCUAAUGCUACAACUGCUUUGAGGUGGCCAAAUGUAAACUAAGAAGCCUUAAAUAAAGUGGUGCAAUUUUGUACAAUUUAGCAUCAGUUCAAUAAAUUUGGAUUGCCGUGCAAGGGCUUGCAUUAUAACCACCUGUCACUUUUAAUAGUCUGUGCAGUACAUUGACAGUGCUUUUUGACAAAUCUGAUGUCGCUGAAGUGCACUGUAUUCACUCUGCAGCCUCCUGAUUCUUUUGUGCCAAUUAGAGUAUUGCAUACAAGCCCUCCAGGGUGGCACAAAGUGCUGUUAAAUGGUAAUAGAAUGUUUCGUCGGUGUCAUUUCUUUUUCACUGUUCUGAACGAUGCAUGUGGCAGUUUGACAAAUGGGAGAUUUAAAAAGAAUAUAUAUAGCAAAUAUAGGGUGAAGAACUAGGUAAUUUGAUGACAGCUGCUCAAACGGGUUGCAGGUGUUUGUGUUCACAGUGUGCAUUAAAAGUCAAUUAUCACUCUUGUUUUUCUUCCUCUUGAUUUUUGCCCAGCAAGCAAACUGAAAGAUACAGCGGACUGAGGAUAAAUCAAGUUUUAUCCCAAAGUCUUUGUGUGUUUUUAAUUUGCUAAGCCACUUUAUCACCUGUUUUUUAUUUUUUUCUGCCCCCAUCGCUUACAGAUUACUUGCUUCUUCCACCCCUCUCACCCCGUUAACAGUUUGACAUCUGAACUCUGCUUAUACACAGACAAAAAUCAAAAUAAAAUACUGUACUUUCUUGUAUGCAAUAAUGUCUCACAAUCUUCUGACUGAACGGCUGUGGCCUUUCUUACUCGGUUAUGUUUGCUAUCUGUAUGUGUGUAGCCACAAAAAAUUAAUCUGUAGCGUCUGUUAUAAGCCAAGAGUUUCAUCAACCAAAAUAAAAUCUAUUUGGAUUUACUGUACAGUUAUUCAAGCACUCCUAUAAAGUGUAUUGUAUUAAAAAUACCACAACAACCUGAA